AACAGCUACAUUUCGAGGUCAGGAGGGUGUUUGGUUGCGGUGCGUGUGUCUCCUCCACAGUGUCCUACACCGGCUCCUCCCGCUUCUCCUGCUGCUUUUCCCCGUCUCACAAGCUGACAGCAACACCCCCAACACUAACAAUACUCGGCAAAAUGGCAGUUCCACCAACAUAUGCAGACCUCGGAAAAUCAGCAAAGGACAUCUUCAAUAAGGGAUAUGGUUUUGGACUGGUUAAGCUUGAUGUGAAGACAAAGUCUACAAGUGGAGUGGAGUUUAAAACGUCCGGCUCAUCUAACAUAGACACUAGCAAGGUCACUGGAACCCUGGAAACCAAGUACAAGUGGGCUGAGUACGGGCUGACGUUCACAGAGAAGUGGACCACGGAAAACACACUCGGGACAGAAAUUUGUGUUGAGGACCAGAUCACCAAAGGGCUGAAACUUACUUUUGACACCACAUUUUCACCAAAUACUGGCAAGAAGAGCGGCAAGGUGAAGACGGCUUAUAAAAGGGAAUACCUUAAUGCCGAUGUCGAUGUAGAUUUAGAUUUCGCUGGUCCUACCAUCCAUGGAGCAGCAGUGGCUGGCUACGAAGGCUGGCUGGCUGGCUACCAGAUGACCUUUGACACAGCCAAGUCCAAGAUGAGCCAGAGCAACUUUGCGGUUGGUUACAAGACCGGCGACUUCCAGCUUCACACCAAUGUAAAUGACGGUUCAGAGUUUGGUGGAUCCAUUUACCAGAAGGUAAACGACAAACUGGAGACCGCUGUGAAUCUUGCCUGGACAGCAGGCAGCAACGGCACUCGCUUUGGAAUUGCUGCCAAAUACCAGUUAGACUCCAGUGCCUCCAUAUCAGCUAAGGUGAAUAAUGCCAGCUUGGUAGGAAUUGGAUACAGCCAGACCCUGCGGCCUGGUAUGAAACUUCUCCUCUCUGCACUGGUGGAUGGGAAGAAUAUCAAUGCUGGCGGUCACAAGCUUGGCCUGGGUCUGGAGUUGGAGGCAUGAGGAUCUGCGCUGCCGUUUGAUGAGAAGAAUAGGAAUGUCAGCUAUAUCUGACCCCGAGCACUCCUGUCUGGUCAGCAACAUAUUUUAAAAAGAUGAAGCCAAAACAAAACGAAA